UGAAGGCUCACACUGACUCUCUUUCACUGCCUGAUUUCUGCCUUCAUGGGUCACAUGCAUGCUCCUGGGAAGGGCCUGUCCCAGUUGACUUUGCCUUAUCGCCACAACGUACUCACCUGGGUAAAGCUGACAUCUGACAAUGUGAAGCAGCAGAUCUACAAACUGGCCAAGGAGGGCCAGACCCUCUCACAAAUCGGUGUAAUCCUGAGAGACUCACAUAGUGUUGCUCAAGUACAUUUUGUGACAAGCAAUAAAAUUUUGAGAAUUCUGAAAUCCAAAGGACUUGCUCCUAAUGUUUCUGAGGAUCUCUACCAUUUGACUAAGAAACCUGGGGGUGCCUGGCUGGCUCAGUCAGUUGAGCAAAGAAUUUUGAAGAACAGAAAAGAUAAGGAUGUUAAAUUCCCAAUGACUUUGACCGAGAGCCUUCUUCACCAGUUGGCUUGA